AUGACACACGCACGCCACCGCUGUCUCCUCCUCACCUUCGAUGCGUUCGCGACUCUUUUCCAUCCUCGCCGCCCGAUCCCCGAAGUAUACGCCUCGGUAGCCAACGCGUACGGACUGAGUGAAACACCCUUAGCGCCCGCUACGUUGCAGACAGCUUUCAAAAACGCGUACAAAGCCGAGAGCAAGGCCUAUCCGAACUAUGGCCGAGAAAUGGUACUGCGUGGCGAAUAUGGAGGUCCGAAACAAUGGUGGACCGGUGUGAUUACCUCGACAUUUGCGAAUGCUUUUAACAAACCGGAUUUGAAGUUGCCGGCCGGGAUGGUUGACAGGUUGAUUGAGACUUUUGCUAGUCAAGAGGGUUACUCGCUAUAUGGAGACGUGCAGCCUUUUUUUGAUCAGCUGGGGAAAUACAAGACUUGGCAAUCUGACUUUGAUUGUAUUGUGACGGGCAUCAUAUCGAACUCGGAUGAUCGCGUUUCGACUGUGUUGAGAUCGUUGGGUUUGUCGGUAGGACGGACUCGUGCUGACGAAGACCGAUCUAGUACUCUGCUUCCGGGAUUUGAAGAGGCUCUUAGUAAGAACUCGGAGGAUAGAGGAUUCUAUUCGGACGAUCUCAACAUGGUCAUCACAAGUUACGAGGCAGGAAAUGAAAAGCCGAAUCGACUGAUCUACGACGUAGCAGCCCGGCAAGUCAACCGCCUUCUGAGCACGUACAAAUGGACCAAAUUCGAUCUGGACAACAUUGACUGGAUGCGGAUACAUGUCGGAGAUGAUUUUGCAAAAGACUACCAAGGCGCGACGGACGCUGGCUGGCAGGGCAUAUUACUCGAUCGAGACAAUACAGUUACCGACAGUUUGGACGUGGAAAUCAUCAAUUCGUUAGAGACGCUGCUUCCAAAAAUACAACAAUACGCAGCAAGGUAA